AAAACCGAUUACGAACCGGAGUUAGUUUAUCUUUGAAAUGGUUGUCUCCCUUACAUUAACCGAAAUUUUUAUGUAAUAAUAUCUUGUCAUUGCGUUAUUGAGGGUCAGGUAAACGAACAAUUAUUUAGUUAUGUCUUCCUUGCUCACAGUACUCCUGAGAAAUGAAUGCAGAAGAAUAUGUUCCAAAUGUCUAUUGGAUCAUUGUGUGCCAAAACAAACUCUUAGAAAGUUCCACAAAACUAAAUGGUUAAGAAAAAAUGACAGUCUUCAACAGGGAGUUGAUAAAGUGAAAAAGACAUCACUGAAAAGAAAGCUUGCUUAUGGUUUUGGAUUAGGCUGUCUAACUACAGGAGUUGUUUAUGUUUCAUUAGAGGAACCUAAACGAAGAAAGAUCAGAGUAGUCAUUGGUGGUGUAGGCAGAUUUCUAAGAUCUCUAAAAAUAGGUUUAAUUGUAUCUGCUGACUAUAAAUGGAACUUAUGGAAAUUAAAGGAAGACUCCAAAGAAUACAAUGAUGCUAUCAAGUUAUGUCACAAAAGAGCUGCUGACAGACUCCUAGUUGGGUGUUUAAAGAAUGGAGGACUUUAUGUUAAACUUGGACAAGGUCUUGUCUCAAUGAAUCACAUUCUACCACGUGAAUAUAUAGACACGUUAGUUGUUUUACAAGAUAGAGCUUUAAUGAGACAUCCUGAUGAAGUUGAAGAACUAUUUAUAGAAGACUUUGGUAUGACACCUCAGAAAAUGUUUAAAGAAUUUGAAAAAGAACCAAUUGCUGCUGCUAGUCUGGCCCAGGUACACAAAGCUGUGACCCAAGAUGGCAAGAGAGUAGCUGUUAAGGUUCAGUAUAUAGACUUACAAGAUAGAUUUGCUGGAGAUAUCAGAACAUGUGAGGUCUUGUUAAAACUUAUUGGUUGGAUUCAUCCUAAAUUUGGAUUUGCUUGGGUUUUACAGGACAUGAAGGCAACCUUAGCAGAAGAACUUGAUUUCAUUCAUGAGGGUAAAAAUGCAGAGCGUUGUCAGAAUGACCUGAAACAUCUAAAGUAUAUUUAUGUGCCAAAGGUGGACUGGAAAAAGACAAGCAAGAGAGUUUUGACAUCUGAGUAUAUAGACGGGUGUAAAGUGAGUGAUAAAGAACAGAUUAAAGCUAUGGGUCUGUCAUUGCAUGAUGUAGAUAAGAAGUUAGUAGAGAGUUUUUCUGACCAGAUCUUCCUUACUGGAUUUGUUCAUGCUGAUCCACAUCCAGGCAAUGUAUUUAUUAGAAAGGGUGCAGACAAUAAAGCAGAAUUAGUAUUACUAGACCAUGGACUGUACGACACUCUAACACCACAGAACAGACAGUCAUUAAGUCUAUUGUUUAAAGCCAUUGUAUUGAAAGAUGAAGAUAAAAUGAUGAAAUACUCUAAAGAGCUUGGAGUCGAUGAUUAUCAGAUAUUUGUGUUUUUGGUGAAACAAGGUCCAGUCAAAUUACAUAAAGCUCCGCCAUUAUUUAGAGUGAAAAUUACAACAAAAGAAGAAUUUUACAACUUGGACCAAGAGAAGAAAGAUAUUUUUUUGGAGGACUAUCAUGGACUGUGGGACCGUACCAUUGAUGUUAUGAAGGCAAUGCCUGCUCCUUUGUUCUUUAUAUUUAGAAAUAUGAAUACUGUGAGAGCGAUCUGCAGAGAGCAUGGUCAUGUUAUAGACAGAUAUGGGAUAAUGGCCAGAAGUGCAAUAGUUGGAGCCAAUAAGAUGGCAGGACAGGAUCUAAGUCUAGGUGGACGACUGAAAUCAGUUUGGGAAAGAUUCCUGUUUGACUAUAGUAUCGUAACGGAACGAUGGAUCAUGAAUUUAGGAUAUUUAUAUCUUAGAAUACUCCAGUUUCUAGGAAGAGCUCCUUCAUUGGCAAAAAUCCAGUAUCUCAUUGAUUCAGAGGAGAAAAGGUAUGAUACAGUCUAAUGAAAGAUGGAGAAGAAAGCCAGUAUUAAGUUUUAACAGAUGUGCCAAAACAGACAACAAGUGCCAGAUUAAAACAAUAAAAACUUGACACCUGCUUGUUUUGUUUAUAACCAUAUCAACAUUACCUUGUAUUCUCAAGGUUACCAACCCCUUUUUAAAUGUUGUCCUCAUUUGAUAUAUACAUUGAGAAUAUAUUUUAGGUGCAUUUUACUAUUUUUUGUAAAAAAAAACUUGGUUCAUGUGUUCAAAAGUAUUUAAUGCACCGUGGAUUCAUUUGAUUUCAUUGAUAUAAUUUUCAUAAAUUCUGAAAAAAUAGUUAGUUCGUGGAUAUAUGAUUUCAUAGAUUUAAUUGCUUAUGUAUGCAUAGAAGCCUAUAGAAAAAUUGAACUAUGGUACAGGUUUACCUAUAUGUACUAACAAAAACGACCAAAAUUGGUACUAGACAAAUCAUAACAAAUCCACAGUAAUUGUGUAAAAUUUAAGUAUAUAAUAUUGCCAUAUCUGUUACAGAUGUAUCUUUAAAUGUGAUAACAGAAUGUUCUAUAUCUCAAAUGUUGAUGAGUUUGUUACAACAAGUAUAUUAAUGCAUUGCUCAGUUGGAUCACAUUUCCAUGUGGAAAAGCUCUUUACAAUUUUAUUGUGCCUUUUUUUGUAUAAUAUUAUAUAUGACUUACAAUAUUUAAAGACUUACAGUCUGAUGUAGGUUUAGUCUUCCUUGAUUCAGAUUUUGUAAAAAAAAAUGUUAUACUUUACUUCACUAAGUCAAAUUUUAAGAAAAUGGUAAUUUUUUAUUGGUCGGAACAUAGUCUUAUACUUUACUUUUAUAUUUUAUGAAAUGAAUUUACAUAGAAAUACUUCCUCUAUUUUACCAGUACCAUUCUAGUCAGGUUGAAAAAAUUUCAUAGUUUUGGUUUUACAUUUUUUGCAAUGUUUUAAUUACAUGUCUCAUGAAUUCAAUGAUUAAGUUUACAUUUUUCAGUACCCCCGAAAUCUGUUCUUAUUCACAGCAAAAAACUAAGCACAUGAUGAAUUAAGUAAAACUUUACACUGUAUUGUUUAUAUUUACAUAUAAAAAUGUGUACAUUUAAAUACUUUUUUAUUAUGCGGGUCAUUUAAUUUGUUAUUACAAUUUUAUUGUUCCAAGCUUGUGUUAAUUUAUUCAUUUGUUUUUAACAAAGUCUGUUUUAUUUUGAUAUUUUUAAUUGUCACAUUUUUACUUGUUCUAUUUCUUCAAACAAAAUCUAAAAAAAUUACAUAAUUCAUUUGUCUUCUUAACAUAUUUUCAUGGAAAGAUGGACAUGAUGGGGAUGUAUGUGUUUUAUAAAAAUGACAUAAGGGAGAAAUCUCUAUCUUAUACAUGUUAUAUUUGAACGGGCAUUUUUGAAUCAAACCUAUAUAAAAAUUAUAUAGAGGGGGGUGCUCAUUUUCACCACAUCUUU